UCUUGAAGUGGACUAGGCGACAAAAUCAGUUCAAAGUCAGUCAGCCUGCUGGAGCCUGGGAGCGGGAUAAGAAGACCACGCGGACACAGCGUAUUAGAAAAGGGGAAGAGAGUGGAACUGCACAGAAGAGGUGCGACUGCGGUGGGCUGCAGUGUUUUGGUCGGGCAGUUGAGUCGGCUCUGCAAUCUGAUCCAGCCACGGUGCUUUCCGGUGGCAACAGCGGGCCUGCUUCGGUGCUGAGAAGAAUCGGACAGCCUACCGUGCAGAGAAAGGCAAGAUAGCAUCCAUGGCCUCCUCGUUUAUCUCCUCUUCCAACUCGCGUUCAGCCGCGUCUUAUUUUCAAGAGCGCGCCGAAGAUGCGGCGGACGCACUGCGCGAUCUCAUCGGCCGCUCUACAGGCGGGUUAGCGGGCGCUGGCAGUAGCAGUGGUGGCAGAGGUGCUGCAGCUGCAUUUGGAGGUGGAACUUCUAGCUCAAGGUACCUUGAUAUAGCCGAGGAAAAGGUCGCACUAAUUGGUGCGCAGAUCAAUGCUACCUCCACCGAUGUCCAACUUGAUGGGCUCAGGCGCAUUGUCGCGGUGAGAAUGAUCUCGAUAGGACGCGAUGCUUCUUCAUUCCUCCCUGGUGCCCUGAAGCUGACCUCGUCCUCUUCUCUCGAAGUGCGCAAGCUGGUGUAUAUCAUCAUCCUCACCUACGCGCGUUCUUCAGUGGAGGCCGAGGAUUUAACGCUCCUGUCCAUCAACUCGUUCCAGCGGGAUUCUAUGGACAGCAGCCCCUUGAUCCGCGGUAUGGCCAUACGCGUUCUCACCGGGUUGCGGAACCCACUUGUACAUGCUGUCGUGGAGAUGAGCGUGCGCAGGGCGGCGAGGGACAGCAGUGCGUACGUCAGGAAGAUCACUGCGCUUGCGCUGCCCAGAUGCGUCGACUUCUACCCAUCUACUUUCGACUCGCAUCUCCAGUCCCUUGCAACACUGCUCGGGGAUCGGUCUCCGCAGGUGAUCGGCGCAGCACUUGUUGCCUUUCAGCGCAUCUUCAGACAGCCCCUUCAACUCCACAAAGAGGAUGAUCACGGUGCGAACCAUACAGCACAAUCAGGCGGCGCUUCAUCAUCAUCGUCGUCACAGUUGAGUCAGCGCUGGGAGCUAAUCCACCCGCACUUUCGACGCAUGUGCCAUGCAUUAGCUGACAUGAACGAGUGGAGCCAAAUCAUGGCGUGUGAGGUUUUGCUGCACUACGCGCGGGAAUGUUUCGAGAUGCCCGUUGACAUGGCAGCCGAAGUAGAGCGACGUGACGCAGAAAGCCAAGAGAAGCAGGCACUGAAAGGAAACAGACCAGACAGACGGAGAUGCGAGCCCGAUCUCUCGCUGCUUGUGCACAAGUCGCGCAUGCUGUUCGCCUCACGCAACCCAGCCGUCGUGCUCGCAGCGGCGCGACUGCAUUACUACUUGCUGCCAAGUAGCAGCGUCAGCCAAGCACAGAAACCCCAUGUACAAGCACCGCUCGUCAACGCCCUUCUUGCACUCAUUUCACCUGGAAGGGCAGAGGACCGGGACACGGUGCUUGUCGCGCUAUACAAUAUUUUAUGGCUGCUCAAUGGCGGCAGCGCACGGCCCCUCGACCCGGUUGACAUGUUCUCUGCAAACCCUAGCUCUCAUACACAGGACAAUGACUUGAGAGCAAGGAAAAGGAGAGAACAAGCAAAGACCUACCAAAAACUCUUCGCGCCAUACGUUACGGCCUUCCUGCCACGAUCAGAUUGCGCACGCUCCAAGCUCGCACCGGGCUCAUUGCCGCUUGCGCUACUCGCUACUUCGUCCUACUCGUCCUCUGGCCCAGGCUUGAGUGGCUUUGGACUUGGCAGCAGCAGCGGUAACGGUGCAGGGGGGCUGCUGGAAGUGGCCACGUCAACAGUAGCUGCUGCUGCUGCUGUUUCAUCGUCUGCAACCUCGAGUGCAAUCGCGACAAGCACUUCAUCAUCAACGUUAAUGGCGACGACGACAUUAGCGAGCAGCACAGCAACGAGCGCCAUUUUUCACCUGAAACUGGCGGUGCUCGCGCGUCUUGCUAGGCCAGAGAACGCGCGCUACCUCAUCGAGGAGCUGGAGGAGAUUGCAAGAUGGGAGUACAAGGACGAUCGCGCCGAACGCGCGCUGGAUGUGUUGUGCGAGGUGCUGGAUCGACUUGCGGCGAAAGAACUAGGGCGACAGGAAGCGCAGGAACGAAUUCAAGGUCAAGGGCCUGCGGGCGAAACUGAUCGAUUGGGCAUCGAGGCGCGCCUAACGGAACUUGCCCUCUCCAUCCUCUCUGAUGUCUCCAGCGCGCGUUGGACAGUCAGCGCGCAAGGCGGUGCGCGAGGGAAUCAUCGACAGCAGCGGGGCGAGCAGAGAAGGAAGGAAGAUCGCGAGCAUCCGAUGCCCGUACGCGCUCGUGUUAUCAUCGGUGCUGUGAAGCUGCUUGUCACUGUGCUCAAGGUGAAAGGCAAGGCAUUACAAACCUUGCUGCGCCGAACGAAGAAGGAACCGUUGGUAGCUCCGCCGGAAGCGAACAAGGCGCCGGGAACAGGUGACAACAAGGAGAGAGGCAAGGAAGUGGAAAAAGACGUGGGCAAGCCGAAAGCGGGGUCAGAUGGUGGUAUCUCGCAAGCAGCGGCCGAGCUGCAAUUGGAUAUGUUCGAUAUACUACAACGCGCAGCCGACCUGCUUUAUACAAGUGGAGAUGCUCCAGCGCCUGCUCGUCAACGGCCAGAUACUGCAAGUCCCACCCCGCCGGUACAGCCGACGCGCAAGCUCAAGCUCGUGGGGAAGCGCAAUGUCACAGGUGCGCACGAACGCCAUGCGCUCUUUUGGGCGCUGGGUGAAUUCUGCAGGAUUAUCGUUGAGGUCGAUUGGACCGAUGCAGAAGUCGAAGGGCAGGCGGAGACGGAGGCGCGGCCGAAGAAAGGAGCGCAGUCGACCAAAGUUGUCUGGAAAAGCGCAGCGGAGCUGCUUGGCGUAGAUGUUUUGAGGAAAGCGAGCGGUCAUUUUGGCAAGGAGCCCGCUCGUGCAAAGCUGGCCAUCAUCACGCUCGCCGCAAAGGUGUGGGCAUUUUUACAGACAAGAGAGACAGUUUGCGAGCCUGGAACCAACGAGGAGGUGACGCGCUACGCGGAGAGCAUUUUGCAGCAGGCUUCGCGAGAUGCGAACCUUGAUCUGCAAGCGCACGCUAGGCGCUACUUGGCCAUGAUGGUGGCUAUUACAGCGAGCAGCUCUAGUGGCGGAGAAUCGGAAGAGGAGACGUCUGCGCCGGCGACGAUGAUUCCACAGCUCGCCCCCACGCCUGGAGACUUGAUCAAAGUACUUUUCGUCGCUGAUGCCGAGCAGGUCCUGCUGAAAAGCCAGAGCUCCGACUCGUCAUCGUACCCUGCCCUUGUGGCCGCGUCAUCCGUGAAUGACAUUGUGUAUGGGGGCAUAGAUGAAGAAGAAGAAGCGGAGUUCGGAAGCCUCGCACUCGCGCUCGGAAGCCGAAGGCUUGGUGACAUCAGGAGUGCGCGCAUCCCCAAGUGGGCCGCACCAGGCACCGGCAUAGCCUCUAGCAAACGUGACCCGCCUUCGCUCGUACCAGAUAAGGAAGAAUUCGCUUCUGGAUCAAAAGUCUUCGUCAGCUCCCUUGGUGGUACGAGACCCAACUGUACACCGGCAGUUCCUUUGCGGUCAGCAUCAGCGUACGAUUAUGUUGUCGAGGGUGAAGGCGAAGAGUUGCCGCGAGCCGCCAAAAUAGGCAACACACCAUCUCUUGUGCCAACAGCUACUGUAGCAGCCUCGUCGGCAUAUUCUAGUCGUGCUGCCAGCCCAUUUGCGCAGUCGACGGUGAGUGCACGGCCGAUGAACCCAAAGUACCAAGACUUGGACUCAUUUCUCGACGAGGAAGUAGCCGAGCCGCCGAUUGUUCAGCUGCCGCUGGCUCCUUCUGCCCAGUUUGAGUCGCUGUCCAUUCUGCAACAACCCGCGCCACAGGAUGAAGAAUACCGAGAUGAGUACGAUGAGGAUGACUUCGAAGAGGUGGAGGAUGAACCAAAUGCGAACGAGGUGGCCUUCGCCUCCAGUCAUUACACCUUGUCGGAUGGAAGGCAGUACAGAGGUGAGCCAGAGCCGGAUAGUGAUGAUUACGAAGAGGAGGAUGCAGGACAGAGCAGGUCCAUCGCUACUCAUGCUUUGCUGCCGGAAGAGGACAAUGCCUGGGCAUCUUAGGUGUAUUUUACUUCACAUGAAGCAACCAACGCACAUGCCAUUGAUCGCUGGCCUCACACCUACUCUCGGUCCACCCGGAUCCAUAUGCACUCUACCAUACACCCAUGGUGCCCCUCAUGCGCUUGCA